GUUUUUUCCUCCCGCCAUGGAAACUCCAUCUCCUCCCUCCCUAAACUUGCGGGCAGUCCUCACCGAAACCAGACGCAUCAUCAACGCCCACUCCCGCCACUUCCUCGCCCUCUCCGUCGUCUUCCUCCUCCCCAUCUCCUUCUCAUCCACCGUCUACCCCACUCUCCACAACCUCCUCAUCUCCGAUCAUCCACUCAUAACCUCCCAAAAAUUCUUCACCUCUUCCGAUUCUGCCCCUCCUCCCCUCCUCACCAACCCUCCUCCUCUCUCCCUCUCCGCUCUCGGCUCCAUCACCUACUCCGUCUUCCACGGCUUCUACGGCCGCCCCGUCAAGCUCUUAUCCGCCGUCAACUCCGUCAGGCUCUCCUUUUUUCCGCUGCUCGGUACUGUUAUUGCUUGUCAGCUCAUCUUCAUGCUAAUCGCUGUUGUCGCAGGACUGUUCUUGUUCUUGUUUAUCGGAGUUUUCGAGAUGAUUGGAUUGGAAAUGGAGCUAUCCUCGCCGUAUUUCGUUGGGCUGUUCAUCGUCGUUGCGAUUAUAACGCUGGUUGUUUUGCUGUAUCUGCAAGUGAAUUGGACUCUAGCUGGGGUAGUUUCUGUGGUCGAGCCACGUUGGGGGUUCGGCGCGUUGAGGAGGAGUGCGGAUUUGAUGAGGGGAAUGCGAGGGGUGGGGCUGUGGCUGAUGGUGUUUUUCGGGGUUUGUAGUGGGGUUUUGGGGUUAUGCAGCUCUGUUUCGUAUGAGUGGAGGAGUCGGGACGGAUUGAGGAAUGUGGUGAUGAUUGUGUUGUGUUCGAUGGGUGUUAUGGUUGUGCUGCUGUAUCAUGCUGCGGCGAAUACGGUGCUGUAUAUGUAUUGCAAGGCUGUGAAUGGAGAGCUUGCGUUAGAGAUUGCGGAGGAGUUUGCGAGCGAGUAUGUGAGCCUGCCUUUUGAUGAUGGGAAGGUUCCUCAUGUUGUUUCGGUUGCUUAUGUUGGAUGAGGAUGAGGUUAGUUGCACUCUGUGAAUGGUUUUGCAGUCGUUUUACUUGGUAGUGUUUGGUGUAAUCAUAACAGUGAAUAAUGCGAAGGAUAUGAUACUUGUACAUAGGAUGUGUUGUGGUUUGAAAUGUAUAAUAUCUGUGGUUAAGUUUUUCGAUUCAAUAUGAUCUGUGUUCAAUAUGAAGUUGAAUGCUCUGGCCA